UUUCGUGUAAUGUAAACAAAAGAAAUUUAAGCAGACUUAGAAGUUUCCAUUGAGUAGGUUUAAUGAAAAAAAGAAAGUGAUUAAUGAUUAUGAAAGUCCGGCCUUUGUAGACAUUCAUUUCGUAUUUUCGUCGGCAUUCUCUUUGUCUCUGCCUACAAAUACUGCACUGCCCGCCACAAACACAUGCAUCAAAAAUCUCUCUCACCAUCAGUUGCAGAGAGGAAUCAAAUUCUAAGAUGGCAGUGAUCCCGUCGUUGAAGCUCCGCGGCGUCGACAAGCCGAUGCCGCUGAUCGGCAUGGGAACGGCGUCGUUCCCGCCGGCCGACCUGGAGACGACCAAGGCGGCCGUGCUGGAGGCCAUCAAGGCCGGCUACCGCCACUUCGACACGGCGUUCGCCUACGGCUCCGAGAAGGCGCUGGGCGAGGCCGUCGCCGAGGCCCUGCGCCUCGGCCUCGUGCAGUCGCGCGACGAUCUCUUCAUCACCACCAAGCUGUGGGUGAGCUUCACGGAGCCCAGCAAGGUGGUCGCCGCUUGCGAGAUGAGCCUCCAAAAUCUGCAGCUGGAGUAUGUGGAUAUGUAUCUGAUACAUUGGCCGGUGACGUUGACGGAGAUGGUGAGACCUCCGGUUCCGGCGGAGAUGGUGAAGGCCUUGGAUAUGAGGGGGGUGUGGGAGAGGAUGGAGGAGUGCAAGAAUUUAGGGCUGGUCAAAGGCAUUGGUGUCAGUAAUUUCUCGUGCAAACACCUUGAGCAACUCCUCUCCAUCGCCAAAAUCCCUCCGGCACUCAACCAAGUGGAGAUGAACCCAUUUUGGCAACAGAAGAAAUUGAGGGAUUUCUGCAAGGAAAAAGGCAUUCACGUGACGGCCUACUCACCGCUGGGAGCAAACAACACAAAAUGGGGAGAUAACAGAAUAUUGGGAAAUGAUGUUCUUGCAGAUAUUGCCAAACCCAUCGGAAAAACUACAGCUCAGGUGGCAUUGAGGUGGUUAUACGAGCAAGGCGUGAGCAUAGCAAGCAAGAGCUUCAACAAAGAGAGAAUGAGACAAAAUCUGGAAAUAUUUGAUUGGUGUCUGAGCGAUCAAGACUUGGACAAAAUCAGCCAACUUCCACAAACCAAAGGGGUCACUUUGGCAUCUGUUUUGGGACCACACCCUCUUGUUCUGGAGAUCGACGCAGACCUUUAAUCCAACCCCCUAAUUUUAUCACUUCUCUUUCUCUAUUCAAUAAAACCAAUCAAACUACUUUUUUAUUUUUCCCUUCCUUUUUCCAUUUGUUUUGAGGAAAUACAAGUUGAUCAUACAUUCUUAUG